AUAUCUCACUCCAUGCACUCAAACUGGUUGUGAUUUGUACAGUAGUGCACACAAUAACCAUGGGCUCCGUGGACUUCAAUGGCACUUUGGAGCACCAACCCUUACUGGUGAGGCUUGACUCGCACACACAGAUUCAAAAUUUGUCAUCUGAGGCCAUUGAAGAAUUCUUGGAACAUAGGCCUAUUGCAUUCAAAUGGUGGUCAAAGCUUGUUGUGUGGGAGUCAAGGCUCCUAUGGCUUCUCUCUGGGUCUUCUAUUGUUGUGUCCAUUUUCAAUUACAUGCUUAGUUUUGUGACCUUGAUGUUCACUGGCCAUUUGGGGUCUCUAGAGCUUGCCGGGGCAUCUCUAGCCAGUGUUGGUAUUCAGGGUCUUGCUUAUGGUAUUAUGUUGGGAAUGGCAAGUGCAGUGCAAACUGUGUGUGGGCAAGCAUAUGGGGCAAAAAAGCUUGGAGCAAUGAGCAUAAUAUUGCAAAGAGCAGUGAUCUUACACAUUGGAGCAGCAGUGAUUCUUUCUUUUCUGUACUGGUUUUCUGGGGAUUUUCUGAAAGCCAUAGGACAGUCAGAGAGCAUAGCAGAGAGAGGGCAAGUGUUUUCCCGGGGACUCAUUCCCCAACUCUAUGCAUUUACUAUAAGCUGUCCAAUGCAGAGGUUCCUCCAAGCUCAGAACAUUGUGAAUCCUCUUGCAUAUAUGUCAGUUGGUGUGUUCCUUGUUCACAUUCUUCUCACUUGGGUAGUUGUCUAUGUUUUGGACUAUGGCCUUCUAGGGGCAGCCCUUUCUCUCAGUUUUUCUUGGUGGCUUCUUGUCUUGUUGAAUGGCUUCUACAUCAUAUUUAGCCCAUCAUGCAAGGAAACAUGGACUGGUUUCAGUGUAAAAGCCUUCAGAGGAAUUUGGCCUUAUUUCAAGCUCACAGUUGCUUCUGCUAUCAUGUUAUGUUUGGAAAUAUGGUACAGCCAAGGACUGGUGCUUAUAUCAGGACUUCUCUCCAAUCCCACAAUCUCACUGGACUCAAUUUCAAUUUGUAUGAACUAUUUGAACUGGGAUAUGCAAUUCAUGUUGGGCCUUAGUACAGCAGCCAGUAUCAGAGUCAGCAAUGAAUUAGGAGCAUCCCAUCCAAGAAUAGCAAAGUUUUCUGUCUUUGUAGUGAGUGGAACCAGCAUCCUCGUUAGUGUGAUUUUCUGUUCGAUUAUUCUGAUAUUCCGUGUUACUUUGAGCAAACUUUUCACUUCGGACUCUGAAGUCAUUGAGGCUGUGUCUCAUUUGACUCCCUUGCUUGCCAUUUCUGUUUUCCUGAAUGGCAUUCAACCAAUACUGUCAGGGGUGGCAAUUGGAAGUGGAUGGCAAGCAGUAGUGGCUUAUGUAAACUUGGGUUCAUACUAUUUUGUUGGUCUUACUGUUGGAUGUGUUCUUGGCUUUAAAACUUCUUUAGGAGUUGAUGGUAUUUGGUGGGGAAUGAUCCUUGGAGUUCUUAUACAGACAGUAACUCUAAUAGUUCUGACUGCCAGAACAAAUUGGCAAGCAGAGGUUGAAAAGGCUGUUGUUCGCAUCAAAAGAUCCGCAGAAAAUGACACCUUAGAUCAACUGGUUCCUGACUCAUAGGCAUUCAUCUUUUUUCUUCAUGGCAUGGUAGUAGGAAUGCACCUUAUCUUCAUAGGAAUGUAGUGUAGGAGUACCAAAGGAAUGUUCUUUAGGACUUUCUUCUCUCUAUCUUUCUGUUCACAUAACUUUGAGAAUCUAAUAUGUAAUAAUGAAAACCCAAAUUGUCAGAA